GUGAUGAGCGAGAAAGCGACGAGACCACAUCCAAUGAGGAGGAAGCGGGUCCGACGGUCGAGCAUGAGGAGACUUCGCCGAAGCCUUACGACGAGACCUGGCGGUGGGGCAUCUGGCAGAGCCGAGAUGCCAAGAGGGCGGCGACUGGCUACACAGAUCAACUCAUCUCCCACAUGCCCGAGUCCUUCCGCUUCCAAAGAGAGGUGUUGGAUGGUCGGAACAUCGCUUUGGGGGCCAAGCUCCUCUUGGCCCUGAAUGCGGCUUCGAUUUUCCUGGCGUACGUGCUGAUUUGGCUUUUGCUGCUCAGCUUUCGCAAUCCAGCUGAUUGCGAUAGAGACUGUCAAGUCAACUUGCAUAACUGCGCCGUGGGUGAUCUGCUGGUAGAGGUGAAUGGUGGCUUUGUCCGAGUUGUG